UAGCUAGUCGCUACACUCAACCUGUCACAGUGUGCUCUUGGACUUACUGAAAGGAACAUCGGACAGCGACUGUGCCGUUGAUCGAGCAUGGAUUUGAAAUUAUUGGCGUUGAUGGCUGUGUUAACAGUGGUGACGUAUGUGCCUGUUUCACAUGCCAAGCCCCUCAGUCUGGUGGAGAGGUGCUGGUGUCGUACGACAGCCAGUACCGUCCCCCAGCGCAGCAUCCGUGAGCUAAGGUUCCUACACACUCCCAAUUGCCCCUUCCAAGUGAUAGCCAAACUGAAGAACAACAAGGAAGUGUGUAUCAACCCAGAGACCAAGUGGCUGCAGCAGUACCUGAAGAAUGCCAUAAACAAGAUGAAAAGAUCCAAACAGGCCAACUAGAGAGUAAGCGUGAGUCUGCAGGAUGGACGACUGAGGGACGCCACCUAUCAACACGUGUGUAACGUGUGCUCCACUGAUGCGCUGAACAGCACUUAUCCUGACCCCCCCUCCCCCUUGAAACUCCCCCCACUCCUCAAACCCUCCUCCACCUCUCCACCACCAAGCGACCCUACCCCCCCAUCCCCCCACCCCCACCACCUUCCCCCAUCCGCCAAAACACCAGCAACACUCCCUCUUCAGUCCAAGGACUCUCCGCCCCCCCGCUACCCUCACGUGCCCCUCCCCCAACCCAAUAUAGACACCCCUUUAGCACACAGAAGUGCAGUUAUAGCUAUGUAAGUGUAUGCCUUUAUAUCUAUGUGAUGUAUACGUCUUCAUUAUUCUACGCCUUCUUCUCACUUCAUCGGUAAAGUGCUACGUUUUGAAGGAAAGGUAGAGAGAGCAGGAGGAGUGGUAGAGACUUAGGAAGAAGGGAAUGGUCACCAUGACAUCUGUGACUCACUGUUCCCCUUCGCUGUUUCUGUCAGCUGUUACUGAGGGGCACUGCCUUGUGUGUAUGCCUCACAUGCACACACACAAAGACGCACACACAUACACAUAAGAGAGCUACAGAUACAUGGAGUACAUAGAAUGUACAGAGUACAGCAACUGUCUGUUCAUACAUGUCUAGGUUGAUUGUGUCUGUGUCCAGUGUUCCAUAAAUAACACAAAAGUCUGUAAUCCAGUUCUUCCAGAUGCUUGCUCAAAACAAGAGGAACACUUGGAGUCUGGUAAAUUCUACUUUCACAUUUGAGGUUUUUAGUUAAUAAGGUAUCAUGAUUUUGAGUAUUUUAACUGGGUGGCAUGUUGGCAAUGCCGAUCGUUCCAAGACAGUUACAUUUUAGAAUGCAAUUAGGGAUUGUUGUUGUCAUGGAAGGUUUAGAGCCAGCAUGGUGGGCAGUCUGGUGGAGGGUGAAAAACUCUGGAGAUGUGUGAUGCUCUAAAGGUUAGACCUGCUUUGAUCUCACCUCUGUGUGUGUAUGUAUUUGUGCUGUGUAUGUGAGAGAGCGGGAAUGUGGAAGGAUUGGAAUGUUAUUAUUUUUCGAUCAAAUGCUGAAAUCUAGAACAUCUGGAUAUCAAACAGUGCAAAUGAAGCGACCAAUGAGUGUGUAGCCAACCCUUUACCGUAAUUCUAGAUUUAUUCCACUUCCCCACGACCUGCCUGAACAUACCUCACACACUUCACGCACACACCAGACAUGUCACACACAUUGGCAAACAAACACUAAUUACAUCACACCACUAUCAUCUGAUGUAUCGUGUUACAGCAACCUUCCUAUGUGAGCCAUUGCCAGGAAAAGGAUGGUGCUAUAAAAAAAUCAGUUAUAGGAUGUUACAUGUAGUUUAGCAGUAGUUCCAGCUAGUACUCUUUGUGUCACAUCCAACUUUAAAGACAGUCUGAGCUACUUUCUUUUGAUAAUACCUUCAUCUUGUAGUCUGUUUGUUCUUGAGCCUCCUUUUAAUGUGUGAAACAAAUAAUAUGCAAAUAUUUUAUUUUUGUACUCUUUUAUACACCUAAUGCAUUGAUACCAUAUGAAGGAAAUAGAAUGUAUCACUCACUGUAUUUUGAAUGUGAUCCCUCCACCCUGGUGUAACUUCAUACUAAAGCCAACAUGUAUGUACAACUGUAAGUAAACUGUUAUCCAACACUA